AUGGCAGCCAAAGCUGAACCCGGGCAUCCAGAGAGUGGAAAGCUGCAUCAAAGGUGGCGCAAAGCCAAGGAAGCCGGUAAUCUGAGCACGUUUGCAUCACCUGCAGAGCUGCGAGCACUCGUCCAAGCGAAACUGACACCCGAGGAGCAAGUGCGUUUCGGGAUGCAGUGUGCAGGGCUGGCAGCCAAGGCACUUGAGGUACUCGACAAGUCGCUUACAUCUUUAGAGCAAGACAUUGAAAACGAGUCCUGUGACUGGGAAAUAGAAUCGGACGCUGCCAUGGACCGUGUUGCCAGGCGAUUCCUUGCCGAUCUCGAACAGCUAAAGCAAACUGGCAGCGCGCGUCGACUCACCCAACUCAGUAUUUGGCGUCGCAUCAGUCGCUAUGUCGUCCUGGCGGAAAGGCGAGCAGCGGAAGCGUCGCGCCAACGCGAGCAUGAACUGCAGGCUGAAGGCAGUCCUUUUGUGAGGCAAGUCGCGAAGAUCGCGGACCAGGCAUCCAAGACUCCGGGAUACCGCCAGGUCGUUGCCUGGGAGCAUCUGGAAGAGCUUGCAGACGCGGCAACUGCAGAUGGUGCAUUCGGUUCGCAGUCGCGGUCGAUGUCACGUAUCUUACGUCGCCCAGAAAGUCGGUUUCGACUCUUGCUCACGAAACUAGAGCUUGGCGAGGAGCUCUGCACACCCGAGGAGCGGCGUUUGAUGCUAGCAUUGGAUACCUCUGAUGCGAGACUUGAACCCGAACGCAUGCGCUCGAGGAAGAGGGCACCUGGUGGAGCGCAGGAUGGCGCCUCUGCAAAGCGCGACCACGGGAGGUCUGCAUCCGUUUCGUCGUCGUCGUCGUCAUCGUCGUCGUCGUUAGAUCCAGAGCACGAGGACGACGUGCACCCAGCGGCCAAGAACGCGUCUUCCGUGAGAAAGAAAAGACGACAUCACCGGCGACGAUCAUCCAAUAAAAACGAAACACUGGAGAAUCCUCAGUGA